ACAGCUAAUUAGACUUUUUGCACCUGAUUCAUGUAGAACGUGUCAAUUUUCAAUUUUCAUUAGGUUAGAAUCUCCAAUUCCUAAGUUUUAACUGAAGGAAAAGCUUUCCCAUAGAAAUGGCUGACUCGUCCACCGAAAAAAUUUCUAAGAAUGAAUUGAAACGUCGAUUGAAAGCCGAACAGAAGUCGAAAGAAAAAGCCGAAAAGGCCGCUCAACAACCUGUAUGUAUAGCAGAAAAAAAGGUAGUGAAAGCAGAGGAAGAAAUAAAUCCUAAUGAAUAUUACAAACUUCGAACGGCUGCAGUAGUGGCUUUGAAGAAUGGAUCAAAAGAGGAUCACCCAUACCCUCAUAAAUUUAAUGUUACGAUAUCGUUGGAGGAAUUUAUUGAAAAAUAUAACAAUUUAAAUAGCGGCGAAGUUUUAGAAGAUGUCACUUUGUCAGUGGCUGGUCGCAUUCAUUCCAUCAGGGAGUCUGGUGCGAAACUUAUAUUUUAUGACUUACGAGGAGAGGGUGUUAAGUUACAGGUGAUGGCAAAUGCUAAGAUGUAUGAAUCUGAAGAUAAAUUUACUUCUGACACGGAUAAACUGAGAAGAGGAGAUAUCAUUGGAUGUGUUGGCCAUCCUGGUAAAACUAAGAAAGGAGAGCUUUCUAUCAUACCGAAAACUGUAAAGUUACUCUCUCCAUGCUUGCACAUGUUGCCGCACUUACAUUUUGGUCUUAAAGAUAAGGAAACCCGGUUUAGAAAGAGAUAUUUGGAUCUUAUUUUGAAUGACAAGGUAAGGCAAAUAUUCUACACAAGAGCCAAAAUCAUUGCCUAUGUCAGGCGCUUCUUAGAUAACAUGGGUUUUCUUGAAAUAGAAACUCCAAUGAUGAAUAUGAUUCCUGGAGGUGCUACCGCUAAACCGUUCAUAACCCAUCACAAUGAACUUGAUAUGGAUCUCUUCAUGAGGAUAGCUCCUGAGUUAUAUCACAAAAUGUUAGUUGUAGGAGGAUUAGACAGAGUUUAUGAAAUUGGCCGACAAUUCAGAAAUGAAGGAAUUGACCUCACCCAUAAUCCUGAGUUCACGACGUGUGAAUUUUAUAUGGCAUAUGCAGACUAUAAUGAUUUAAUCACUAUUACUGAGACAAUGCUUUCAGGUAUGGUUAAAUCCAUACAUGGUACUUAUAAGAUAAAAUAUCAUCCAGAUGGUCCAGAAGGUGAGGAGGUUGAAGUAGAUUUUACCCCACCAUUUGCGAGAGUACCUAUGAUUGCAACACUUGAAAAAGUAUUAAAUGAGAAGCUACCAUCACCUGAUAAAUUAGAUACCACUGAAGCCAACUCUUUCCUUAGCCAAUUGUGUGAGAAGCAUCAGGUGGAAUGUCCAGCACCGAGAACAACAGCAAGACUUCUAGAUAAACUUGUUGGUGAAUUUAUUGAAGAAAAAUGUAUUAAUCCUACUUUUAUCAUUGAUCACCCACAAAUAAUGAGUCCAUUGUCCAAGUACCAUAGGGAAAUACCCGGUCUUACUGAAAGGUUUGAGCUGUUUAUUAUGAAGAAAGAAGUUUGUAAUGCCUACACAGAGUUAAAUGACCCAGCGACGCAGCGUGAACGCUUUGAACAACAAGCUAAAGAUCGUGCCGCAGGAGAUGACGAGACACCCCCUACCGAUGAAGCAUUUUGCACUGCUCUUGAAUAUGGUCUCCCACCAACUGGUGGUUGGGGAAUGGGGAUAGACCGACUUACCAUGUUCUUAACUGAUUGUAAUAAUAUUAAGGAGGUGCUCUUAUUCCCGGCCAUGAAGCCUGAUGAUCCCAACAAACAUUUAGAAGAAGAGGCAUCUGCCAACAAGCCCACAACUCAAAAUGGAGCGUAGAUGUGUAGUUAUUAGACAACAAUCCUGUCUUUUUCUUCUGUAUUAACAACAAUUUGUGUGUAAUAAUAAAAGUAUUUUAUAAUAAAACAAA